UUGCAUGCUUGUAAACCAAGCUAAGUUUGACCUGGAAUUUUAAAUCAAAUUGCUUAUUUGAUAAAUAAGAUUCACUUUAUUUUUAUAUUAUUCAAAACGAUAUAAUGCUCCGCUGCUCCGGACUACCUUUUCUACCAGGAAAUACAUUUGCUGAUAUCGGGCGGACGAGAUAUCAUAGAUCUCACCACUUUGACCGAUGGAACCGAAUUUGCAUGCUGGCCGAACAGAAACGCCCUGGCAUCGGUGGAAAGCAGUACUCACCGAUGGACGGUCCCGAAUACUGUUUGCCGUCUUUGUACCCUCCACGUCAAGGCCCUUUGCAACCAUCAUGGCUUUCAUAUGACCGGAAAGUGCUCUGCUUUCAUGGAUUCUUUCAAGAGACCUUGAACGAAGUUGAUCGCAUUCCGUAUCAGAUUCGAAAGGUUAAAAUCCUUUACUAUCUUGAGGAUAACACUAUGCAAGUUAGCGAACCCCGAACCGUGAAUUCCGGUAUUCCACAAGGUUGCCUGGUAACGCGGCAGCGGAUUCCUCGCCCUCCACCGUACGAUGGGGAGUUUACCUCGUUGCUGGAUCUCAAUAUUAGUCAUACGGUUCAGCUGUUCGAUCGCGUGUACACCAUAACCGGAUGCGAUGAAUUCACUCGUAAGUUUCUAAAUCGGCUCGGGGUAUCCGUUCCCGAAGCAGUAGAGGCACCAACAGAUCCGAGUACCGAACAACGCAAACGGGAGGAUGCUGCCAAGCUAGCCCGAAGACCUGCGUACAAAAUCGAUACGCUGGGAAAGUUCCUUGAAUAUGACCGAAAAGUGCUGCGCUUCGAAGGUUUUUGGGAUGAUCGAGCUAGUUUGUUUGGUGAUUUGCACGAGCUAGAAGUAUUGUACCAUUUGAGCGACGAGUCCGUCGAAAUUAAGGAAAAAUUGCCACUCAACUCCGGCCGCGAAUCGAACGGUAUGUUUCUGCGCAGGGGCCGCUUGCCAAAGCAGUUUGAACGUUUGCCUACAAUGGGUGAAAGUAUACCGGUCACUGUACUGAACGUUAUCGGAGGUGGUCUUAAAGGUGGACGCUAUCUAACCGAUUGCGUAGAUAUUGGCAAAGUUAAUGAAAACUACUACAAGGAUUCGGAUCUCGCCAUCGGGAAAAUAAUAAAUGUUUAUGGCAGAAAAAUUAUACUAACAAAUUGUGAUAAUUUUACUAAAGUUUAUUAUACAACUAAGUUCGGCGUAGAAGAUUUCACACCGAUACAAGGCUAUAGCGUGCGUAAAAACAAAUUCCAGCAGCAAUGGCGCAAAGAACGGCAACUGCCUCCGUACAAUGGCUGGGGAUCGCAUGAAGAUUCCGAGGGUAAUUGUAUUACUGUAGAGCCAACGCCACCAAAAAUUGACUUCCGAAAAUUUGUGGUUUAUGAUCGUUGUAACCUUCGCUUUGGAGCUCAUAUGAUAUCCAACAUCGUGGAAAACAAUGACAGAUUUUUUGUGAUUACAUACUACCUGAGUGAUGACACGAUAUCGGUUUAUGAACUAAUGAUCAGAAACUCUGGUUUUCAGGGAGGAAUGUUCAUCAAACGAUCCAGAAUGUUGCUGCCUAAUCAAAACAUUUUCAUUCCAUCUAGGCCAAAAUAUUAUAGAGCGCAAGAUUUUUUUCUCGGCUCAUCAGUAGUCCUACAGGACCACAAAUUUACCAUAACCAACUCUGAUAUUUACGCUCUAUCUUUUAUGGAAAGAUAUUGCGAAGAGUUUCCUCUUUCUAACGUGUCAAAAAUUGUUCAGAAAAUCCGAGAUGCUUUACGACCGGUGUACAAGGAGUACGUAGCCAAGCAUAUGGACAAAGUAGUACAUAAGAAUAUCGAUGGAAAGUCGGUUGCCACCGUGAGCUAUGAGAUCCUACGGGAAAUGUUAAUAGAACUGCUAGGAGAUCGAAUUGUUGAACAAGAAAUUGUCACUCUCUGUAGACAAUUCUCCGCGGAAUCCAAGCAGAAAAUAAGUUGCGACAAGGAGCUGGUUCGGUCAGCCAUACACGGUGAGCUCACAAGGGAACUGUGGAACGACCUUGAGCGUACCAAGGAGCACCUCUAUCAUUUAAAUCCCACCUCAAAUGGUUGGAUAUGUCCGAAGCAUAUCGUUGGUACCAUCAAAGCUUGCCGCAUUCCGCUUGAUAAUGCUCUCAUUGACGCAAUGUUGCAAAUUCUGAACCAAAACGAACAAGGAGAUGUAGAGAUUAAAGACUUCCUGGAUAUACUAAAUCCAGCGCAAACACCAUGUAAACCUUUGCAACCGCUCAAUAUUAAGCAUGAUGUAUGCUACUUCACGCCCUAUCAGAUAAGUGGGAAUUUGGUUGAUUGGGAUAAGCUACUAGGUAGCAUUGACUUGGAGGGUAAUUUGACUGCUCAGACAUCGUGAGAUACCUAAUUUAGCAAGCACUAUUUCAUAUUAUUACUAUUAUCAC